AUGCUCUGUGUUUGCAACGCGGGUGAGGUGAGCCCCGACCGGACAGGCUUUGAAGAGCUGCGGAGCAAGCUCCAUGCGCUGGGCUACCACAAUGUGGUGGGCAUCGAGUCGGCCCCGGUGGUGGCCGACUUGCUCGAUGGCCUGGUCUCGGCCACGGCCUCGGUCGCCCGCCUGCAAGCCGCCGUCGAUACGGCCAACCGCGAAGGCCGCAAGGCCCAGGUUCAGCUCGAGCCGCUGGCCAAGGAGAACUCGCGUCUGCUGCACGACAACAAUGAGCUCCAUGCCGCCCUGGUCAAGCAGGGCAACCAGUUCCGCCGCCGCGAGGACGAGUGGAUUGCAAAGAACGCCGCCCUCACCGCCUCCAUCCAGGACGCCUCCUUCCUCAACGAGGAGCAGGCCGCCACCAUUGCCCGCCUUGAGGCGCAGCUCGACGCCCUCCGGACUCGCGCUGCCGACUCGACUUCCGCCGCUCCGCCGCUCUCGCCGGGCCUGCACCUCUCGUCGCCCGCCCCGCCGCGCCGCGCUGCCCCGGCCGCAAACCCCUCGGCGUCACCUGCGGCUGCCUCGCCGUCGCGCGGAAGCCCUGUCCAGCUCGAUCUCCUCGACGCCGCAAACGCCAAGAUUGAGGCCCUGACUCGCGAUCUCGCCGACGCCCGUGAGCUCGCCGCCUCGCUCACCCGCGAGCGCGACGCCUUGCAGUACGAGGUCUUUGAGUACGAGAAGGAGGUGGCCCGCCUGGGCAUGAUUGUCGAACGUGGCACUGCCCCCGACCGGCGCGCUUUUGACGCGCAGCAGGCCCAGCACGAGCGUGAGCUCUCCCAGGCCCGCCUUGAGGUCGAGGUCCUCAACUCGGAGCUGGCCAAGGCCCGUGACGCCCUCGCGGCUGCCAACGCCCGCAUCGACGCCAUGGGCGGCGAGGGCUCGGUCGACGCUGCCCGGGUUGCCUACAAGCAAGUCCUUGCCAAGAACGUCCGCCUCGUCAACGAGCUCAAGGCGCUCCAGGCUCAGGCCGCACAACUCUCAUCUGCAGACUCCUCAGCCGCCGCCGCCGCCUCGACUCGAGUCCGCGAGCUGGAGGCCCAGCUUGACACUGCUCAGCAGACCAUCUCAGCCCUUCACGCCAAGGCCGCCGCCGCCGAGGCCGCCGCUUCCAAGCUCAAGUCGCAGUCGUCGUCGGUUGCCCAGGUCGUCGACUCGUACGCCUCGGCCCGCUCCUCCUUUGCCGACAUCAUUGCAGAGCUCGAGGCUGCCAAGGAUGCUGCCCGCACUCAGGCCGCCGAAGCCGACGCCGCCGCUCGCACCCUCGAGGCCCGCGCCCGCCGCGCAGAGAACGACCUCGCCGCCCUCACCGACGAGCACGCCGCCCUCACCACAGAGUUCAAGACGUUGCAGCUCCACGUCUCCAAGCUCCAAGUCGAGCGCGAGGAGGCUCAGGCCGCCGCCGUCAACCUCCAGCAAGACAACACUGGCCUCCACCAGCUCCUCGAAAAGCACAUGGCCGACAACGAUGAGCUCAAGGUCCAGCUCGGCUCCAAGGUGCAGUUCCAGGACACGCUCAAGUCGCUGACAGAGGCCGUCGACCGCGAGCGCUCCAAGAUGGGCGAGGAGCUCGAGUCUCUCCAGAAUGCGCAAGAACGGCUGCAGACCAUGUACGCCGCACUCGAGCAGGAGCGCGACUACUACAAGAAGGAGGUCGAGCGCCUGGCGUCGGACGCCCAGGCCGCCCACACUGCCUCCCAGGACGCGCUCGCCGCGGCAGACUCGGAGCGCUUUGACAAGAACCGGCUCACCAACGAGCUCUCCGCCCUCAAGACCGAAGUCCACGAGCUCGGCCUUGCCAACGCCCAGCUUCAGGCCUCCGUCAAGCAGCUCGAGGCCGAGAAGGACUCGCUGGUCCGCGAGACAGAGGCGCUCGCCCCGUUGCAGGACCGCUUCGAGCAGACCAAGCACCAGAUCGCCUCCCUCCAAGAGCAGGCCACCGCCCAAGUCGUCGAGUACAACCGCAUGGUCCGCAAGGAGCAGAAGACCGCAGACGAACUCGCAGACGCCCGCGCCUCGGUCGACCACCUCCAUGCCACCCUCGCCACCGUCCGCGCUGAAAAGUCCGAGCUCGCAGACGCCCUUGCUCUCGUCGAGUCGCAGGCCAACGAGAUGUCCGCCUCGCUGCAGAGCCUCAAGGCCGACCACGACUCGCUCUCUGAGCUCCACGACCAGCUCCGCGGCCAGCACGCUGCCCUCCUCAACGAGCUCAAGGCUCGCGACGCCGAGCUUGCCUCCAAGGCUGGCGACCUCGUCACCACUUCCAAUAAGGCCGAGCGCGCCGAGCGUGCCGCAGCCUCCGCAGACGCCGAGCGUGCCGCCAUGGCUGCGCAGGUCGCCUCCCUCCAGCAGCGCGUCCUCCUCCUCACCGACGACAAGGAGCACGUCUCGUCCAACUCGUUCAAGCAGGGCGCCUUUAUCGCUUCGCUCAACUCCCAGAUCACCGCCCUCAAGGCUGAGCUCUCUGCCGCAAACUCGGAGCGCGCCUCGCUCCUCGACCAGGUUGCCGCCCUCAAUGACCAGCUCGGGGAGGCCCUCUCCUCCUCGUCCGCCGCCUCGCACAAGGCCUCUCGUAUGUCUUCGCUGGUCAACCAGAUGAACGUCUCGCGCGAGGAUCUCCUAGCCCAGGUUGCUGCCGCACGCGAUGACGUCGACGCCGCCACCGCACGCGCCGACGCCGCCGACACCGCACGCGCAAACGCUACCAAGGACCUUGCCCGCAAGGACGCCCAGAUUGCAAACCUCCAGCACUCGCUGGCUCUCCUUGACGACCGCGUCGGCGCUACCCAGGCCUCGCUCGACGCAAAAGAGGCAGCGCUCGUGGAAUCCCGCGCCGCCGUCGACGCCGCCAAGGCUGAGCGCGACGCUGCUCUCUCCGCCCACGAGGCUACCCAGGAGCAGCUGCAGGCUUGCCUCGCAUCCGCAGACAGCAAGGACGCGGAAAUCGCCUCACUCGGAGCACAGCUCCAAGACGCCCUUACCACAAAGGCCCAAUGGGAGGAGCAGCUCGCCGGGACGUCGGCCUCGGUCUCGUCGCUUGACCAGGACCUUGCCAACAUGACCCGCGAGAACCAGAUGCUCAACGCCGAUCUCGCCGCUGCCGCUGCAGAAGUCCAGGAUCUCCGCGCUCAGCUCAGCGACGCCACUGCCCGCGCCCACUUUGCCGAUGAGCUCGUCAAGGCCAAGGACCGCGAGCUCAACGACGUUCUCCGCAACUAUGCCUCUGUCUCGGACGAGAACAAGCGGGUCGCCGCCGCUGCCGCCGCCGACGCUGCCGACCGUGACGAACUCCGCGGCCAGCUCCUUGCUGCCAACCAGGAGGCUGCCUCCAUGGCUGCCCACAUCCGCACGCUCGAGCAGGAGAACAAGGGCUACGUCCUCGACCUUCGUGCCUUUGAGCGCAAGCUGGCCUCGCUCUCGCGGCAAGCCCAUGACGAGGCCUCGUCCGCCGCUUCUCGCGACGCCGAGCUCAAGGCCGCACGCUCCGAGGUCGAGGCUGCCCAGGCUCUCACCGCCAACGUCCACAAGCACGCCGAGGACCUCCGCGCCCAGCUGGCCUCGGCUCGCGCCCAGAUUCACGAGCUCGAGCGCGCCUUGGCCGACGCCCACGCCCAGAACCAGGUCCUGCACACCUCGCUCGCCCUAGAAAAGGACGCCGUUGUCAAGCUCGAGGACCUCCUCGCCUCGGAGCGCCAGCGCGUUCUCUCCACCCAGACCGCAGAGCACGCCGCCUCCGACGAGUUGCUUGUCCUUCAGGGCAAGCUCCGCGCUGCGGACCGCGAAAUCGCCGACCUGCAGCGGGCGCAGGCAAGCCUCCAUGCCGCUCUUGAUGAAGCUAAUGCCACCGCAGCCUCGCUCACCCGCACCGCCGAGCUCGCCGCCCAUGACUCGAUCGACGCGCUCCGGACCCAGCUCGAGUCGGCAGAGGCCCAGAACGCCAAGCUCGAGUCCUAUGUAGUCAAGUACGAGAAGGAGUUGCUCCGGACCGAGAAGUCGCUCGGCCGCCUCCGUGCAGAAACCGCCUCGCUCAAAGACGAGCUCAAGGUCCUCCGCACAGAGUCCUCGUCCAAGGAUACCAUUGCUCGCGACCUCGACCGCGAGCUCAAGGCGCUCGCCUCGCGGCUCGCCCAGGAGCAGUCCGAGAACGCCAAGCUCGAGGAGACGCUUCGCAAGAUGGCAAAGAACUGGCGCGCGUACAACGUCCAGCUCUCCGCCCAUCUACAGGAGCAGGGCCAAUCGGCCGCCUCGGUCGAGAUGGCUGCAGAGCUGGAACACAUCCGCGACGAGCUCAACCGCUCGCUCCGCCACUAGGCUAAACACUACACAACGAACUCCCCA